AUGAGGGUGUGGCACCAGAUGUUUAGGAUUGGAAUAAAACCAGACACUCAGAAUUACAACAUACUCCUGCGGGUAGCACGGGAUUGUGGGAUAGGUGAUCCUGGUUUGGCUUCUGCACUACUACUGAGGAGAACAGAGGAAGUGACCCCAAAACUCACAAGUGGAAGGAAAAGCCGUAGGACAAAAAUCAAAGAGGAGAUGUCGUGUCAGCCCUUAGAUAUGGAUGCAUUUGAGAGUGAGCUGUUUGUAGACAUGCACACACAGAGCCAUGGACAAGCCAAAGAGACUGAUUUCUGCCAUCCAAAGGAAAAAGAUCAGUGCAAAACAGACGCAUCUCAAAAUGAGACUCAAAUGCUGCCUGUAUCAUCAAGUGGCUCUCUGACAUGUCAAUCACAAAGUUCCCGCCUCCCAAACCUUCUGGACCCCAGCACUUGCCACUCAGGUGUGGUUGCCUUGGGACCUGUGAACAGUGCUUCGAAUAGACUUGCUCUGAUUGGAAACCUUGAAGGUUUUUUGGAGAAAAUGGCCAAAGAUGGACUGGAACCCAACAUCAAAACCAUCACACUAUUGGCUGAUGUCAUGGAACCCGGCAGCCAAUCAGUGCAGAGUUUGAUUAAUGUGGCCAAAAAGAGUGCUGUCACGCUGGAUGAGACAUUCUUUAACAUUAUGAUCAGAAAGGUGGCCAAAGCUGGAGACUUGAAUGGGGCUAAGGCUGUAAAAGCCCUUAUGGUUAACAAAGGGCUGGUUGCAAAUGAACAGACGUUCUGUAGUAUUGCUCUGGCUUGCCGUAGACAAAAAGAUGCAAUGCAGUUGCUCACUGAAAUGGAGUCUUGUGGACUUGUGCCAAACACUCACAUUUACAGUGCCCUGAUCAGCCAGGCAGCUAAGCGUUUGGACUAUGCUUAUCUGCAUGAACUUCUUCAACACAUGCACGAACUGCAAGUGCCGCCCAAUGAUGUCAUCAUCAGACAGCUGGAGUUUGCAGCUCAGUAUCCUCCGUCCUAUGACAAGUUAAAAUCACAAAACACAUACCUGGACAAGAUUGACGGCUUCCGUGGUUUUUACAAACAAUGGCUGGAGUUCAUGCCUGGCCAGGAAACACCACACCCCUGGGAAAAAUAUCGAUCCCCAAAACCAGAAACGGAACAAGAUGGAGUCACCUCACAAAAUACAAUUUCUGAAUAAAUUAAAUUCCUGUAUGUUGUACUAGUAAAUUUGUGUGACAGUUUCUUAAGCUUAACUGUGAAUU